CCCUAACAGAGGCGACAGACUGGCUCAGCGGCCAUUGAAGCAUCUUUAUCUUCAAAAGGACAAGCAGAGAUUUUUUUGUACAUCUGCGGGGUCCUGCGGACUGAAGCCAUGGUCUAUCAUUCUCUCGCCCUGCCGAUGAUCUGCUUCACCACGUUAUGGGCGUUGGUGGGGGUCGUAGCUCCGUUUUUAGUGCCCAAAGGACCCAAUCGGGGUGUGAUUGUCACCAGUCUGAUCCUUACAGCGAUCUGUUGCUACUUGUUUUGGUUGAUAGCCAUUCUGGCCCAGACCAACCCUCUGUUUGGUCCUCAGCUCAAGAAUGAAACUAUAUGGUACCUGCGCUACUUCUGGGAGUAAACAGGGGCUGUUCGAUGUGAUGCCUCUCAUCUUUCCUGUCCUCUGGUUUGCUCGCCUUUAGUUUCGGCAUGUCCUCAAACACCCGAGCAGCCUGCAGAAUGGGUGGAUUCAUUUUGUUUUGCCACCUUGUUUUUUGUAACCUUGAGGAAUCUUAAGAAUAAUAAGAGUUUUUUAAAAAAAAAAGCUGAAUUCAUCCUGUGACUACAGAACAAACCAAGAUGAGGAAAGUGAAGCGUAACCACCCCCCCCCCAACCCCCCCACUUGAAAUGUGCAAUCCUUUAGUUUAGUUUCCGUGUACAUAUUUUCUUUUUGCGUUGCUGCCAUCGUCAGCGAGGAACAUGGAUUUCUGUGUGUAUUUAUUUUGGCUUGCUGACACUGAUGUAAGCCUGGUGUAAUCACCUCAGUGUCCGCGAGGUCCUGUUAUAUAAGUGUUGUUACCCGUGAUGUAAUGGGGUGUGAGUGUGAGCGCGUGUGCGAGCGUGUGAAGAGUUCAUUAAUGUGGGCGCUUGGACCGCAGCCACGAGAAUCUCCUGAAAGCACGUAAAAAAAAAUGAGAAAAAAAAAUAAGCAGAGAGCGAUUCCUUCCACUUUGGGGGCACUUCAGCGUGAAACUCCCUCCCACAUUCCCUCGUGCUCCGCACCACGGAGGUCCUCGUUGCCAUGGUGAUCUCAUCGCCCAAUUCAGCCCCUCUUCACUUGACCCCUUUUGAUGAAAUCCUGCCCAAUUCUCGCCUGCCUGUGUACAGAUGUACUGUAGGUUGUACUGUAGGGACGUGUUUUUGGAGCAAAGCUGCAGAUAGAUUGGGUGUUAACAUCUGCUAUUUUUAAAAUGUACCUUCAAACAACGCUUUCACUGCAUUCCUCAUUUUAACUUUAGCAAAUAAACUCAGACUCUCGGGAGCUUUUAGAAAACAAAGCGAUGAAAAAGUGCGUUAUUAAAAUAAGAUGUGAAGAAACCUGCAGCAUUGUAACCUCUGAUAGGCUGAAUAUGAGUUUUUUUCUAAUUCAAAGGCGAACAAUCCCCGUGCAUGCAUCACUAAUUCUUGUUUGGGGAAAUAAUGACAAGUGCUCUGAAUUUAUUUUAAUAUAAGAAGUCUUAUCAUUGCAGUUAUUGGUUAUUUAUCUUAUUUCAUCUGCAGUCCCUGCCCUUAUAAUCGCACACAGAAAAAAAGCAUGUACACAAUAAAACACCCCCCAAAAUUAGUUCAUUGCACCUUACCAGCCACUGCCACAAUUACACCUCCCCUCUCCAAACCUUGAGCGCCCGUCCUUCCCUCCUCCCUGGAACUCGCCCUCCCUGUCCUCUUCUCUGAAACCGCUUUGCUUCAGCCAAAAAGAAUCCAAAUCAAAAUACAGCUACUUUUUAGAAAGACCAAAUUGUGUUCUGU